CCCCAUUGGUUAACCAUUUAACCCGACCCAUUUGGAAGGUACUGCGUGCGAGAAAGACGCCCUGGAAUUGUCGUUCAAAAGUACUGGAAAAGAACUGGGGUUUAGUUCCUUGUUGAACGUUCGAUGGCGGCCAAUACACUCUCAGUGAUACUUCCAAUCUCAUAUCCAACUUCACUAUCUCUCCAGAAACCCACGGACCAUUCCUUGGCUUUCAAUCGGGAUUGUAAGUUUAUUCCUUUUCUUGGCGAAAAACUUUCCAUUCGCUCGUCAAAUUUAAGUCUUGUCGCCUCAAAACGACGCAGUUCAACUGCGGCAACGGCCUCCUUUAGUCUUCCCAUCUCCAAGGAAAAAAGGGAUUCCUCUGAAAAAUUACCCAGAUGGUCUGCGAGGGCAAUAAAGUCAUUUGCUAUGGGGGAGUUGGAAGCUAGGAAGCUCAAGUAUCCGAAUACUGGGACAGAAGCUUUACUAAUGGGAAUCUUGGUUGAAGGAACGAGUUUGGCUGCCAAGUUCUUGAGGGAAAAUGGCAUCACACUUUUUAAGGUGCGAGAAGAAACUGUAAAGUUACUCGGUAAAUCUGACAUGUACUUUUUCAGUCCAGAGCAUCCUCCCGUGACUGAACCUGCUCAAAGGGCUCUUGAUUGGGCUAUUGAGGAGAAACUGAAGUCUGGUGAAAGUGGGGAAGUAACGACUACGCAUUUACUUCUUGGUAUAUGGGCACAAAAGGAGUCAGCAGGACAUCAAAUAUUGGCUGCACAGGGCUUUGAUGAUGAGAAAGCUAAAGAGCUGGCAAAGAAUAUGGACAAGGAUAUAAUUUUGAGCUUCAAAUAGAUCGCUGAAAAGGUUCAGAAAGUGCCUGUUUGUUUGCGUGGUUGUGAUCAACUUCUGAGAGGAGAAAGCUUCUAGUAAUGGACUUCUGAGACUCUCUGUCGGAAGUUAUCCUUUUUACAGUGGCCUGACUGGCUGUGUUCAGUAACACACUUAUUAUAUCCAGGGUCCGAGCAUACCGAUGUCUCAUCAACAGACGUCCGAAUAUUACACAAGUUAUGUCAUAGUGAAGUUACCUCUGAUCUGUACUAAGAAACAACAACACAAGUUAUUUAUGGAAGAGUUUGAUGUCAUGCUGAAUAUCUACUGGGAUAUCACUGUGGAAGUCAGGUCAAUGAUUUGUCGAAUUGAGAAUCUUCUUGAUUUGGAUUCGUUGUUGGUUAGUCCAUUAGCGCAUGGUGUGAGUUUUUUUGGUCUCAGCUACUUGCUAGAGAAAAUCAGAUUGUGAAAUGCGGUAGUUUUUGGCGGCAUAUCAAAAGUAUUUGCACUUUUUGUACUUGCUCAAGUAUUAAUCUUUUCCCGUUUUUGUUUAUU